ACGUGGAUAAUGUAGCUUCCACUCGAUCGAUUUGGCCAAGGGAGAACCGUGGUCGCCACACAUCCAUCACCCCUUGUCUCUCCUCUUCAUUUAUUUAGGCUAGUUCACGUUCACUCCCAAAUAACAGAAAAGAACAUCGACAUCAAUGGCAUCGACUACUAGCAUAAUUCAAGGUGGAUUCUCAUGCGGCGGCGGCGGCGCAUUGUCUUCGUUCAGGGCGAGGCCAAGGCGGAUGGUGGUUCGUGCGGAAGCUGUAAAUCCAGAUAUUAGGAAGGAUGAAACAAAAGUGGUGGACUCUGUUCUCGUAACUGAACUCUCUAAACCUCUUACUCCUUACUGCAGGUGUUGGAGGUCUGGGACUUUUCCUCUAUGUGACGGAAGCCACGUGAAGCAUAAUAAGGCAACUGGAGAUAACGUUGGACCUCUGCUAUUGAAGAAGUAGUUAGCCAGUAAAUGGCUGUGGUACCGUACGUGUUAGUCCCUAGAUUAUGAAGCCUAUUUCUAGAAUAAAACUUGUUAAAACUGAAAGUACUUGUAAUAUUUAUCCUUUCCCAGCAGUAGUUCUACUUAUGCUAGAACACGAUCACAUUGUAAUUUCAACCAUGCUAUUUCAUCGGUUACACCGUCUUCUUUUUGUUCCA